AUGGAGGAAUAUAUUCAAGGCUUUGUGAGCACAUCCAUAGUAAAAACAUUGUUAGCUCCAUUAGAGAGAUAUAAACUCAUCAGAUAGACCCAGGAUAUUCUUACCCUGAGUUCGAAAGAGAAGAUGACUAAUUUUUAUUAAUUUCUUAAGAAAACGAUAUCAAAUGAGGGACCGAAAGGACUCUUCAGAUCAAAUUUAACUGCAAUAUACAUGUGGAUACCUCAAGUGUAUGCAUAAUAUGUUUUCUAUCAAAAUAUCAAACAAGCCACUUAUGACAAAGAUCUUUUGUCAAUGGGACUUUGUGCAACACUUUGUGGCAUUACUACUUCUAUAUUCUCCUACCCCUUUGAUACAAUAAGAGUGAGAUAAGCAACUGAAAUUUAGAUUCCAGGAUAGAAAAGAAUGUAUGUUGGAUUUGAGGAGACUCGCUUUAAUAUAAAAAUAGAGAGUGGGUUUUUCAAGGGCUUGUAUUCAGGAUUUACAGUUGGGUGUUUAUAGACAUUGUUGUUUGCAUAUGGCAUAGUGGGUUUGAAUUCUCUGUUAGAUGGCACUACUCCUUACAAUCAACAAUUAGCAUACUUGGGAUCAUAUGCAUUGAUAUAUCCAAUUGACAGUGUGAGACGUCGUUUGUAGGUGAAAUCGAUUUUGUUUUAGUAAGAGGCAUCAAAAAAGCAGAAUUUGUGGGAGAAAUUGAAAUUUAAUAUGAAGGAGUGGAGUUUCAGUUGGGGUUAUGGAGGAUUCUUGGCCCAUAAUGUGAGAGGAAUAGCAAUGUUGCUGAUCCUGGAAUAGGUUAACUUCGAAUCACUUUACAAGGAAACUUAGAAUCAAUUGAAUUAGGCCUUAAAAUAUUGAGUAUUAUAAUUUUAUUUACAAUAUAAUAAUAUAUAUAUUUUGGGGGACAAA